AUGCCGGCUUCCAAAGCUCUUUCCCACCAGCGUGGUCUCAGACCCAUGGAGCAGACCCCACUGUGGACGUUUGGCUCCGCAUUGACCCUCCUUAACGAAACACCCACGAUUCAUAUACUAGAUGCCUUAGAUGAGUUCCUCUUGCACUCAAAAGAGGUGAUUCUUUCGCCGUUUCCAUUCCGAUGCAAGGAUCCAAAGGACUUGAACAUGCUAAAUGAGUUCACCCUUCGUGGUGUUUUGUUUGAAGAUGUUCUGAAAAAUGUGUCUACAGCUAAUAAAUUAGCACGUAUCUUGCACGUCGAUCCCAAGGAGGCGUUGCGUGUGAUCACUCAAACACAGCAGAGAAUUCCCGAGUUUGAAAGUGCUAAUAAGCCAUCCAGCUUGUUGGGCUCUCGCCUUCAUGACGAUAAGGAUGAGUUGAAGACGGGAGAGAAGUUGGCAAGGUAUGCAUCUAUGCUUCUAAAAGAAAGAAGAGUAGUGCUUCGAAUAGCAAAGAAUUGUCUCGGCAGAAGAUACGAUGAGAACUCUACAUCUACUGUACGCAACUUGGGAAAGCUGAUUAUUCUCGAUUCAAGCUAUGCCGAAAAUGCUAUCGAGUCGCUCAGACAAUGUGCAACUGAUAUCCUUCUGGGCUCCUACAAGACGGGUGUAUCUCAUGCAAUAGAUACUAUUGUGUACACAGAGACUCUACUCUUUAUGCUGGAGCUUUUAAGCCUUUUGUGUGAGAUAAUUAUCUCGUCUAGUGGCAUCUCUCCGGUGACCCAAUGGUUUAGGUUCAUGGAUGAGACAAACUUCAUGAUCUCAUUGGGCUCAUUCAUCACAAACAAGGAAUGCUUUGUGUUGCUUCAAUCUCUAGCGACAGUUGUGUCAUUGCAAGUACUCGACUUGGAAAAUAGCUUCGAUACAGAGAGCCAACUGUAUGUGAAUGACGGCAAGUUGUUCAAGCUGAUUGACGAGAUUAUCUCAACUAGAAACGUGAACUCCAUCGUUAACUAUGCUUGGCUCAUCAUUCUUUAUAAAAAGGCCAUUGUCGUGGAGGAGUUUUCGGAGAUGCUGGUAACAUUCGUAAAGGAGUUCCCUCUUGAUAAGAUUAACGCCAGCAUCGCGUUUUUUACAGAAGUGCUCGAACUGAGUAAUGUUUUUCUAGACGUCACCAAGCUCAACCAGUUUCUACAGUUUGAUGAGCUUUAUUCGAUUGUUUUAUCCAAUCUACUAAUGGUCGCGUUGCCACUUAUGCCAAUGAAUGUCGAUACUGCGACUUGCAUCCAACAAGUAUUGAGCUCAGCGCCACCUUUCAUAGUUGAAAAAUUCUAUGACAACCCUGAAGUUGUCAACGCCAUUGUUUUGUCCAGGGCUAAAUUUCCCGUCAGCAUUCCUCCAUACCUAAAAUUGGCCUCAAUCAAUGGCAACUUUGCAUUCAAUGAGUUCAGGGAACUCAAAUCAUACAUGUCAGUGUUCGAUAAAGAAGAGUUUGGUCGAAUUUGUGACAUUGACUCAGAAAAUACUGACCUCAUGAAGCUCUCUGAGACAGUUGACCUUUAUCCACCAUACGAAGUGAAUAACAAAUUAUCUCUUAUGCUCAGCUAUAAUACCAAAGCUAAGGUCAUACCUACUAAGGAUGAUAAGGUUCUUGUGACAUUUUUGUAUAAGUACAGUGGUUGGGCAUUUCUUGGAAGAGUGAUUCAAAACAUCUCAAAGACAUUCGACAUCACAGAUCUGCAGAAGAUGCUCGUGCUCAAAGACUUGUUGCACUUGCUUGUUCAGACAAGCGCUCAAGUUGAGAAGGAGGAUUUCGUUACUGCUCUUAAGGCAAUGUCUGCAUACACAGAUGACUCUGACAUACUUGAGAUCCUCUUUAGGUUACUUGAACAGGGUUUGCACAACCGCAAUACGGAGAUUCUGGCCCAAGUCAUAAAAAUACUCACCAACUUGUUGCCAGUAUACUCUCCCAGAAUCUGGCCCUACCUUGCUAAAUCUUCAUUACUUCCUAACAGAGGAAAGGAGCUGUUCAUGUCUAUAAUGUUUGGAUCUAUUGAAAUGGUCAACGGCUCAUAUGACUUUACAAAUGCCUUGAUUAAGUUUAUCGGGGCGCUUACCAAUGACUGUUUAACGAACAAACAUGGAUUCCCCGACAACCUUCAGGGAGAAGUACUUGGUGCUAUGAUUGAACAUGCAAUCGUGGUCUUCGAAAGCUUUAUAAACUGCAAUUUCGAUGAUGGUUUGCAAAGACUCGAGUUGGGCAUUUUACUAGUCGGUGUAUUUACUAGCAUUCUCUCAGCACUCAAUGAAGUGAAUUCUGGCAACUUAAGCCAAUCUGUGCCGGUGAAAGAACUUAGCAUUUCUGCUGACAAAAUUAUCAGAUCCUUUUUAGCACCAGAAGUUGCAUCGGUACGUUCCCCCAUACCUAUUUUCAAGAUGAUAAAGUCAGUCGCAGACACUAUGAACUAUUACGAUUUCCGUGAUGUAACCGGAAUAUACUCGAAAAACUGGAUUAGAAGCGCCCUAAAGUUUUCUGAAAUUUUGAUUAUUACAAGAAGUCUCGUCGGCUUGAAACCUUCCCAAUUUGAGAGAAAAAUGUUUACACAUCUUCAAGAUUUAAUCAAGAUCUAUUCGAGAGGGUCGUUUAGAAAGUCUGUAUUGGACUUGAUUACUGCCUUGACUAGUGGAAUCUGGAACGAUGAGCCAAUGCCAUCAAUGUUGUCGCAUUUGGAGCAAGAAUACUCGCAAAUAUUUUUGCGUUCCUUGGCUGCUGAUCUCACUAACCUAUUUGAUGACUACACCAUAAGAGUUUCUGUGUAUGACCUUUUAUGCUCCAUUUUGGAUGCUAACCAGGAGGGUCUUUCAGUCUUAUUUAUAAGCGGCAGAAAUGUUUUUGGAGGCUCUAAGAGUGAAACAUCUUUAUCUGUUUCGCUUCUCGCCAUCCUUAAAAAGAAUGCAAACGAGAUGAAAUACUAUCCUCCAUCUGUCACAGCUCACUUGCUAGAUGCGAUAGCUUUGGCAUUCAAUUCUUGGACAAUUGCAAAUGAGGAUAAUAGUGAUGAGCACUUUGUCAAAGAAAUUCUCAAACCCCUUGAGAGUGCGGAUGGUGACCUAGAUGAUUCGAAAGCUUCUAUCGACCUCAUUUCAGCUUGUUACAGCAAUAAGGUCAUCGCGAAGAGUGCCGAAAUAUUGUCUCUCAUCUUGUUUACAACAAAGAGCGAGGCGAUUAAGGCGUUGAUCACAGACGGUCUCCUUCACAAGGACUCGUUUGUGAAGAAUAUUCCCAAGUUUUUGUGUCCAAAACUUCAGAAAGGGCCCACGUUGCAACAAAUAACCCUGCAAUUUGAAGAGCAUUUUCCCAAUUAUCGACUUUCUCAAUUCACCUCUUCUUCUCAACGAAGAAACAGAUUUAGUGUGAACGCCAUCUAUGCUCUUGAUAUAAUGGAGAGUCUUUUUUUCUCGAAUGGCAAAUGGGCGGAGAUGAAAACAAUGUUGGAGAAUUGGAGUGCUCGAAUGCAAGACUACUACUCACAAGUUGCCAUUGCCAAGUCUGUCGGGGCUUUGAUUACGGCAUUGUGUCGUAGAGCACCCUCCAAGAAGCUAAACCUGUACGUCAAGCUUAUUCCUCAAAUACUCUCUUUGCAACGUAUUGAGGAGCUGCAAAUUGUUACUACGGCCACGCAGCUCAAAUUAGAAAGGGUUGAAUUGGCUUUUCUUGUCGCCCAGACGUGCACCGUUGUCGAGGGUUUUCAAGAUGAUGGCCAAAUUGCGCUUGAUAUUAUCGAGAAGUCAUCAAUAGCUUUUCAUGGCGGAUCAUGCACGGAUGAAAAUACACCAACUACACAACGUGCUUUACUUAGGUUGGCGCAUAUUGCCCUCUCUACUCUCAGAAACGAGCAGAAUUUGAUAAUCUCGAGAUUCAGUAUUCUUCGGGACUUCUUUGACCAAGUCGUUUCUCAAGGUUCGAGAUUAAUCAUCGCCCAAUUACAAAAUGAUGUGUACCUCUCGAGGACUGACAAGACCCACAAGGCGACGGAUCUUGGCGAGCUUCUUAAUGACUUGCGUUUGGUGAUUUCAAUUUUUAAGUGUUUCGUGUCAUUUAACAUACCCGACUCACUUCAGAAUGAAUUGGCGAACUCGCUUAUCGAACAAAAGACAGUCGACAGUUACCUCAGCUUAUACUCAUUCUCACACUUGAUAGUUGUUCACGAUGAGCCAAUUUUCUCACACUUGACUCUUAUGUUUGUCCAGCUUCUUCUAUCUGUUGGUGUAUUUGCGGAGAAGUUCAUUACCAGAAACAUGUUCAUGGUGAUAAGAGAAAGUGUUAUUUCGCAGCCUCUUCGUGAGGGAGGGAUCACGAUUCAGAACUCUCCUCAACUACAUCGCAACUGGACUAAUGGAAUAAUGCCAAUCAUUUCGGCUACAUUGACGGGUCCAUCUAACAAGACUGAAGUUUUCAAUACAAUUAAAGCUUUCAGGAAGCAGAUUGGGUUUUGUAUAGAAAGCUGGGCAAAAGAUUCACAGACGCUUCGUGUCUCCUCUGCCGUUACUUGGGAGACAACGCAGAUUUGCCAUUUCUACCAAAUCCUCAGUCUGAUUGCUAAAGCAGAAAACAUCUCAAGUCAAUCCCCUACAUCGGUCGACAUGUAUAUUCUUCCAGGUUUGGACACACCACAGAGGAGAGAGGACUUCUUGGACUACAUCAACAAUCUUCUCAAACAUCCGAAGUUCUUGUCGUCGAUCAUUAUUCCAAGCACUCCAGAGGAGACCAAAGUCUUGAAAACUGCUGGCAAAGCGCAAGAUGAAUUUGUUAAAGCACUCAUACUGGAGAUAUCUGAGCUCAAGGAAUUUUUCAACUGA